CUCCAUCCGCUGCUCUGUUUUUUCUUCCUUCCUCUCUACACACAGUUAACACCAUUGUUUUUGUCAUCUCUUCUUACUUUCAUGUCAAUUCCAACCGAGUGGGAUCAUAAUAGUUUUGCUUAUAUCGAGCGAUGACCCUGCAUAUGGAGAAAGGUGGAAUAAGUAUAUCAGCAAGACGGUUCCUCUGGAAACUGAGCUACUUACAACGAAAAUGCAUAUUCUCUGUUCUUUCUGUUGGUAGACUCCCUACUCACAUUUCCUUCAUAAUGGAUGGAAAUAGAAGAUAUGGAGAGCAGCGAAACCUUAAAGAGGGGGCAGGACACAAAGCUGGGUAUUUGGCCCUCAUGCUCAUGGUUAUUUACUGCUGUGAACUGGGGAUAAAAUAUAUAACAGCCUACGCCUUCAGCAUCGAUAAUUUCAAGCGUGGGCCUGACAAAGUUCAAUAUAUCAUGGAUCUGAUGCUGGAGAAGAUCGAACUAGAAUUAAGUAAAAAAGAUAGCUUAUUUAGCCGCUAUGGAGUCAAGGUUCAUUUCUCAGGGAACAUGGAACUCUUAAGCGACCCCAUUAAGGAUGCAGCCAAGAGACUGAUGGUGGCUACCGCCAACAACUCUAAUACUUUGCUCACAGUCUGCUUUGCCUACACUUCCAGGAAUGAAAUCCUACAUGCUAUUCAAGAAACUUGUCAAGAAAAGCUGGCUCAGAUUCAACUUCAGGAGUCGAUUUCAGAAGGGAGGAUCAGCAUGUGUAAUCCGGGGCAGGGCAACCACGUUUUAAAGUUAGCAGAUAUUGAGAAGCACAUGUACAUGGCAAUUGCACCUGAUCCUGACAUUAUAAUUCGUACUUCAGGUGAAAAUCGGCUGAGUAAUUUCCUGCUGUGGCAAAGUGCUAAUAGCUGUUUGAUUUCUUUCUCUCAGCUUUGGCCUGGGAUUAGUUGUUGGCAUCUGGUUUGGGCGGUUUUGAACUUCCAGCGAAACCACUAUUAUUUGGAGAAGAAAAAAAAGAAGCAAAUAUGAAUACGAUCCUUACCGUACGAUAAAACUCCUGAUGUUCUUUCCGUUUUCGUUUUUGGUGGCUAAGCUUUUCCUUUCUCUUUGUGUUUUCUCAAUAAUCUGAUCCCAGAGAAAUAUGAAGAGUAAUAAAAUUGCAAUUAUUUUGCUUAUGAGCGAAAUAAAUU